ACAUCUGACAACUGACAACUCAUUGCGCGGCUUGAUUUGUAAUAACAUAAAAUAUAAAUCAGUAUUGCUUAACUAAUAGAAACAAACAUUUGGUGGCUUUAAAUGUUGAUUUGGCUCGUCUAGACUUAUUUUGCGUCAGUAAAAUUACAUUUUAAAUAGACACUACUACUUUUCAUUUCGCUUUAUAACCUGAACGUAAUAAUGUUAGGAUAUGCUAACGCUGGAAUUCCAGAUAAAUCUUGGCAGCCACCAAUUGCAGUCCUAGAAACAACAAUGGGUACAAUUGUAGUAGAAAUGUAUUGGAAGCAUACACCCAAUACUUGUCGAAAUUUUAUGGAGCUAGUGAGAAGAGGGUAUUACAAUAACACAAAGUUUCACCGAGUUAUAAGGGAUUUCAUGGUUCAAGGAGGUGAUCACACAGGGACGGGUAAAGGUGGCCAAUCCAUAUAUGGGCCACAAUUUGAUGAUGAAAUAUCAAAUGAUUUGAAACAUACAGGUGCAGGAAUUUUAUCAAUGGCUAAUGUUGGACCUAAUACAAAUGGAUCACAAUUCUUUAUAACCUUGGCACCAACACAGUGGUUGGAUGGUAAACAUACGAUCUUUGGAAGAAUUCAAAGUGGAAUGACUGUGGUGAAAAGAAUUGGAUUAGUAGAAUGUGACGCAAAUGACUGCCCUGUUGAUGAUGUAAGAAUUGAAAGAUCUUAUAUACCAAAAUAAAAAAAUUAAAUGAAUUGUAUUAAA